UUCGUGAUGAGAGCUUCGUGUGUGAUUUUUGUGGCCCUCCUUUGUUGCUCCUUGAGCUGCGCAAAGCUUUUCGAUGACGAGCUUCGUGAACUGACGGAGUUCCUUCGUCUGCAAAUGCGAUGUGGAUAUCCUGCCAGAGGGGUUCCCAUUUUGGCUCCAGCUCAGAUGGCCUACAAGGAAAUCAAUACAAGAACUGAGAGCUUUGGUUGUCAGGGAAACUUUACUGAACUGAUUAUCGAGGGUUUGGAUGGCUACGAAUUUUCUAAGCUGGAAUGGAACAACGUUUUGCACACCAUCAAGUUUGACAUAAACUUCCCCAAGAUUUCCCUGAAGAGCUCAAAUUAUAAACUAAAUAUUUUGGCUCGUCUGUUUGGCGCCGAUUUCUCCCUGUGGGGUGAUGGUGUAUUCAAUCUAGAAUUAAUCAACUUCCGAGCUUACGGAAAAUUCAUUAUUCGUCCAAAAACGGCCACCAGUGGAGUUUAUGUUAAAAACUGGGAUGUCACCUGGGAAUUGGAGGAGGCUAAAUCGCAGACAACUGGCAUUAUGAACAGUCGUUUGUACUCGAAAUUUAUAAACGAUUUGGUCAAAGAAUAUCUGGAGCUGCUGAUCAAUGAUAAUCCCACGGAAGUUUCCCAGUUUAUGGAGGAACUGAUCGUUCCACCCAUGAAUUUGGUGUUGGAUAAUGUGGCCUGGUAUGAGAUUGCCGCUAUCAUUGUGGGUCUGGUCGAUGGUAUUUUGCCAGUGGAGCCGAUUUGUUGAAGUGCUGCCGUCGAGGAAGUGGACUGCCAGGUGUUUCAAGUGUUUAAAUGUGAAUAUAUGUGAAUUAAGUCAACUGCCAGGUGUGUCAAGCGGUUAAAAGUGAAUAAAUGGCUUAGCAAACAUUUGAUAAGAAACUAA